AUGCUGCUGCUGCUGCUGCAGGAGGAAGAGGAGGAGGAGGAGGAGGAGGAUGAGGUAAACUUUAAUAUCACACAGUAACAGUGCGUCUGUGUUCUGCACUCUGUGGUGUUUUUUUGUUUAGCUAUCUGAUCCUGUGGAGUUUCAUUCACAGAGAUGUUACGUCACAGCCGUCUGCGUGGGAAAACCUCACAGCUUCAGAUGUGGAGACGAUGUCGUCUUCCAGAAGAAGAACGGAUGGAAAUGUUCUCAGAAAUUGAGGUUGAUCUGA